AAAGCCUCAUCAAUCCAAAUGCGAGAGCCCUAAAGAAAUAAAUUCAUUAAUUGUUAAUUAAUCCCGGUGAAUUUUCUUAACGAUGGCAAUUUAAUUCCACCCACAAAAAUGAUUGCCAAUGCGAUUCUCAUUCCCCACUCACUCAUUUUCCAUCCAAUACAUUAUCAUUGAAUAUGUCGUAUGUAAUUCAUUAAUCACGGGGCUUGUGAAAAGAGAAAAGCGACCCAAUAUACGGCCUGUUAAUGCGAGACUUUUCAUAUACAUUGGCCGUCGUGGGUGAGAGAAAGAGCUAAAAGAACAAAAAAAGAGACCAUAUACCAAAUAUAAUAAGACGAUUGGCAUCUUAUCGCAAUCCCCGAGAGAGAAUGUUGGUCUCACACGUAUUUAGAUGAUAAGACGCGGUGUGGCAGCGGGAAAAAGUCUUCUAAAUGUAAUACCAUCCAGUAAGUCUGUGAGCAUUUGUGAGUGUCGGACCGUAUAAAAGGUAUGUGCACAUCCCAUCUAACUUCUUAGUUCUAUCCAACCACAGCCAACGAGGUACAUGGUUCAAGAACAAAAGUGUCUUAACCUUUGGCUUCCGCGAAAAUCAGUUUAAAUCGCGAAAAUUAAACUUAAUCAGUUCACGUGCGAUCGGACGUGCCACAUAACUUCCUCUUACAAGUCAGGAAAAUCAAAGAUCGUCAUUCGCAGUACAAAUUAUUUAGCACCUCUUGUGUUUUUUUGUGUGUGCUUCUCUACCUUCCUCGCGUCUUCCAAUUGUUUCUCAUCAAUAAGUGAACAAACAUCUCGCGAACGAUCAGCAAUUGUGUGCUAAUUGUCUCUUCUUACUCAAAAUAUGAUUGGCGCUCAAAUGUGAUAAAAUACGAAUUAUUGAAUUUUCCCUCCAAUAUCUCCCAACACAAACCCUUUUCCAUCGCUUUAAUAAACACGCUAUACCCCCCAAGAAAUCACUCACAUUGAAUAUCAUGUGCGAAGCGGACAGGCUACUCGUCAAUCAAAAUGUCGAAAGAGGUGACUCGGCGGAACUUGAUAGCGAAGAGUCACCAGAAACUAUGACUGCACUCGUGCCAUCGGGAUCGGCAUUGGCACUAAAUACCCACCCAAAUACACAGCAGGAGCUUGCUCUGUCGGCCAGACGGCCGUCAGUGCUGCUUCAGGAAAUCCUCUCAACACGGCGUCCUUCAGCAAUAAUGGCGGCACUGACGCGACCACAGCGCCAGCGACUGCACCAAAUGGAUGCUCUGCAUGAGAAUCCCGACAUGCGAAGUGGUAGUUUACGUACCCUAAAUGGCUACCUACCAACACACCAUCCCCCCGGAGGACCACAUUCAGAGCAAGCCCAGGAGUACAAGAGGAAGAAUCGACGAGUUGGAGAUGAUGCCCUCAGUACGGCCCUUUCGGCUCUCUACUGCAAACUCCUCGUUGUAAUGGGAAUUGCAAUGCCAGUUACAGAGAUUCUAUCAUCGAGAAUCCCACCAAAUUUCUACCAAGGAUUCUACGUCUACCUCUAUGCAGUCAGCAUUGCUUUUGUGAUCUUCGUCUAUGCAUCGCACGUUAGAACCCGGGCUGUUUUCUCCCUCCUCAAGGAUUACCAUGAGAAAGCCAACAAUACGCAACACAUAAAGAAGAGAGCCGCACACUUUGGGAGCUUCUACCUGCGCGUGGGUGCCAUUGCUUUUGCAAUUGGGACAAUGGUGUACUCCGGCCUGGAGUUUGGACAGUAUUUUGAGCUAAAUGGCAGUCCAGGAUGCUCAAAUAUUUUCAUGGCACUCACACCAAUUGCUCGAAUGGUACUUUGCAUCAUUCAGAUGAAGUUUAUCUUCCUCAAUACGACGGAGUUGGACAUGGCACGUCAUAAAGUCGUUGCGAGAUUCGGUUUGAUGCACAUGGUGGCGACAAAUCUAUGUGAGUGGCUCUAUGUCCUUGUAGAGGAGACAAAACAUGAAAUCUUUCAUCUUUCGCACACAUCACAUGGUGGCGUGGGUAACGCCGUGGCCGCCAUUUUGUCUACAACAUCAAGCCCACUAUCGCUCACAACAGAACCAGACAGUGUCCUUCUAAACAGCACAUCUGUGCAUAAUAUCACAAAGAGAUCCCCCAUGAGUGAGGAUUUAAAGGAAGAAUGCCACAGAACUAAUAUUAUGGGAAGUUUAGUACAGAAUGCCUCACCAUUUCUCUUUCCCUGCACAAUUGAGUACUCCCUCAUUUGUGCCGUGAUCCUCUAUGAGAUGUGGAAGCAAGUCAAAACGAUCCCCAAUAUUGAAAGAUCCCGCAGAAAUUCACAGAAGCCACACACUAAAAGCGCUCAUCAUUUUUCCGUUGACUGUGCGAGGGCUCAUCGUGGGAUGUUUGCCGGUAUCCUAGUCAUUGUACUCACCAUCAUCUGCCUUAUAAUGUUCUUUGUGCUGCACGAUGUGGAGGGGUAUGAAAUGCUGGCCAUACAGGAGGUAACAGUCUGUGAAAUCCUCAUGUAUUGUGUCACUACAAUGGCUGUCUUGGCGGCAAUGUACAAAAUGCGAGAUUUGCGGUAUCAGCAGAAGAUUAAGGAUAAUCAUCACGCCAGCACUGUGAGCUUGGACUGUACGCUUCUUGUCCUUGCCCAGAGUGGAGUCUACGUGUACGCCAUGUUUAGCAUAAUGGGAUGCUACUUUGCAAUGGCUUCCGAUAUUCCAGGAAGUGAGGAGGGCUUUGUAGCGGAAAUCCUUUCGCUCCUGCAGACCUCCAUGCAGACACUCUUCGUUCUCAAUGCCAGCUGGCGACGAUGCCGUGGUGCACAGCAAAAUCGCACGAAACCCGGAAGAGAGAUUGUAACGUUCCUCCUGGUGGCGAAUAUGUCGAUGUGGUUCAUAAAUACCCUCAUAAAAGGGCACGCUGGCUUCCGUCCAACACAUCUCCAUUUCUUCGGCGUGUGGGCAUGGACGGUCAUCACGCACGUUUCCAUGCCUCUGGCCAUAUUCUAUCGCUUCCACUCUACUAUUUGCCUUUUUGAAAUAUGGAAGUCAGCGUACAAAGUCAAGAGUGACCACUAGGAGGGUAUUUGUGGGUGGUUUUGUAUUGAAAUAAAUUAUUUAUUCCUCAACAAAA